GUUGACAUGAGUUAGGGGUAGUGAUACUAUUUGAACGCUACUUCGUUGUUGUAGAGCAGACGUAUGGUUGAACUUUAUUCAAGUACAUAAGUAGAAACAUAAGAUUUCAACAUGGAUGCGAAAGUUAUGAAGAAAACUCAGGACACACUGGGCAAAAUCAUCAAGAAACCACCACUGACAGAAAAAUUGUUAUCCAAACCACCAUUUAGAUUUCUUCAUGAUGUUAUGACAUCGUUAAUAAAAACAACAGGAUUCAUGAAGGGUUUGUUCACCGAGACUGAAAUGAAUUCAGAAAAUGUUAAGGAUAAAGAUAGCAAGAUGGCAUUUCUGCAGAAAGUAAUUGAUUUCACAUCUUCUGUAACUGGCAAAUCUGUCUCUGCUAAACCAAGUAAAAUUGUGGCUGGACAUGAACCAGAAAAGACAAAUGAGCUUCUACAGAGCUUGGCAGCAGCUGUCAAUAUGAAGGGUGACUAUGAUGCUCAAGUUAGCAGGUUUUUAAGUAAAGGAUCAAAAGAGGAACCAGCGAAGGAGAGGUCAAAGGACAAAGAAGAAAAACGUAGAAAGGAACCAGAGGAGAAACGUGAUAGAGAAAAGAGCAGGGAUCGAGAUAGAGGUCGUGAAAAGGAAGAAAGGGGAAGGGAUAAAGAUGACAGAAAAGACAGGUCUCGAGAUAGAGAUGAACGGCAUAGAGAUAGAGAGGACCGACACAAGGACAGAGAGAGAGAUGAUCGGCAUAAAGACAGGGAGGAUAGACACAAAGAUAGGGAAGACAGACAUAAGGAUCGAGAGAGGAGGAAAAAGGUCAUUGACAUCCCCGACCCUGACACUCUGGCUGAGUUUCUGUGUGCCGAUGACCAGUCAGACGGCAAUACAGACUCAGAUAUGGAUCUUCUUGCAAAUCUAUCCGAUAGUGAUUUUCCGAAUCACCCUAAGUCCUCCGAUUUGAAGAAUAAGAAUGCAAAAACCAUUGAAAAUUUGACUGUAAAUGCUAUCUCAAAAAUCGAGGAAAAAGAAGUAGCCAAAACACCCAGGACAAAUCGUCCUGGAGCAGCUCGACCACGAGUCAAUCGGCGCCCAGAUGUUUCCUACAGUAAUGAGGUGGUGCACAAGUCCCAAGAUAUGGAGCAUAGAGAGACAAUACAAAGGAUUCAGGAUGCAGAUUACCGAGAGGAGAGGAAGAAGGGCAGAGAGCAACCAGAAAUAGAUCAUAGUCUAGAGGACAUCGUGUACCCAGAAGUUGGGAAGCUAAAUGCUGGAAAAGCACAAGAAAGAUUUGUAGACACAGGUGGGAAGAAAAGAAAGUCUGGUACAAAAAGUCGUAUGGCUAUCAGGGAGAGACAAAAGGAAGAGGCCAUGAAAGUUAUACACGGCAGUAGUAGUAAAGUAAGCCCUAAACAAGAAUCUGGCAAAUCAUCUAAAUCUUCUCCAGGUAAAAAGUCAUCAUCUAAAGACUUUGUUGUCCUAGAAUCACGAUCAAAAUUUAGUAAAAGAUUGCAGAAAAACAGAGGAGCCAAACAACCUGUAUCUGGAAAGAACAGUCCCUCUAGAUCAAAGCGUCACAGAGAUAAUGUGACUCCGGCUAGGUCAGCACCAGGUCAGGAAGAUUCAUCCAACAGCAAGCUUAGUCAUGAAGAACAGGUGUACCAGAUUGACCCCUACAGAAUACAGGACAUCAAGAAAAAACACAUUCAGCACAGAGAUGAUGAUGAGGGCAAGGAAAAUGAGGGCAUGGUGAAUGGAGAGUCUGAAGUACAGAGACCAGUUCGUCCUUCAUCAGCAAAGGGUUCCAGGAGGCGCAGAGAGGGGCGGCAUCGUGAUUCAAGUGAUGAAGAGGAUGAACAACAUCAACAGGCCCCGCCACAGAGGGCUCCACCUCCGUCUGAUCCUGUGGGUGAGGAUGACCUCCCUCCCCAGGUCUCUGCCACGAGAAAAAUGAAUAGACCAAGCAGUGCGCGCCCAGCACCACCAAGGAGGAAACAGGAAACCAUAGAAAAUGAGCCGGCCAUGAGACUCGGGAGUGGGAAACCAGCCAAUGUGAUAGUAGACGAUGGAGAUUCCGAUGAUGAUGAAAACUUUUUAGUGGAAGAAUCUGCUCCACCCCCUCCUGAACCAGAUCAGACCAUUUCUCGGCCAGAGGACAGUGAUGAAGAUGAUCAUGGAGGCCUGGUUAAGAAGAUUCUGGAGACCAAAAAGGAAUUGGAGAGUGGCAGUCAGCAGCAGCAACAAGCAACUAGAAAAACAGAAGUGGAACGGCCAACAAUGUCUGAUGCACAGAGACGGAAACAGCGAGACACGGUCCAGAAGGAGAUCGAUAAAUUACGUGGCAGCAUUCAGACUUUAACACGUAGUGCUAAUCCUCUUGGAAAAAUCAUGGAUUAUGUACAGGAAGAUUUAGACUCUAUGCAGAAAGAGUUGGAGCGGUGGAAAACAGAAAACAAGGAUCAUGUUUUGGCAUUAAAACGGGAAAAGGGUAUCACAGACAAAGCCAUCGAACCUAUGAAGGCCCAGCUUGGAGAAGUGGAUCAGGCCAUAGCUGACCAAAUGGAUCUUAUUGCUGCUGUCAAGUCCAACAUCAUCAGAAACGAUCAGAAAAUAGAGAAGUUACUGCGCAGUAUAGCCAAAUCUUGAUUUUAUUUUGUGUGUUCAUGUUAUCAUCCGUCCAAAGACACUCUUUAAACCAAUGAUAGACAGCAUAUGACUUUUGAAUUGGUUUAGUUCACACAUUCAGGAUUGAAUCUACACAAUAACCAGUGUAUUGUGAUAUUGAGGCGAAAUUAUUUUAUUUUCGGGAAGAAUUUUGGAGAAUGGGUUAUGACAAAAAUCUUACUGUAGCUCCUUAAAGCAGUUGAUUCUAAUCCAACUCAAAAAUUACAUUAAGAAAUGAUUCUCCUGUUCCUCAGGGUUAUUCAUUGUCUGUUGUCAUGCUGAUCAAUGUACUUCCUUUACAAACCACCAGAGCACUCGACUGUUGGCCGACUCAACAGAAAAUUACUGGUGGAGUACUUUUGUCAUAACCCAUUUAAUGAUUCUUUCAGACUUUACUUGAAUUAUCAAAAGAUUCUUAAGUUGUGACCGUAUUAUUUCAUUAUGAGCAAAAACUUUUGUUAUAAACAUGUUAUGUUAUUGUUCACUUAGUUUUGAACUGUUCUGAAUUUUAGCUGACCUAGGUAUAACAACCGUUUAGAGACAAUUAAUUAAACAUUUUUUUAUAAUGUUGUGCGAAUGUUCUAAUAGGGCCAACUUUAUGGUUAUGUUUCAGACUCCAAAACAAUAAGGCAAAGUCCACAGAUAUAGUAUUUCAUAUUUUGUUUGUGCUUAAUCAUCAUGUCGAAAGUAUUGAUUACAAUUUAUCUUGAGAAAUACCAAGUCAUUCAACAAGUUCACACAAUAUUUCAAUUUCUAGGUAUCAUAUUUCAAACUUUCUGAACUUAUUAUUGGUUGCCUUUUUUGUGUCAGAGGUUUUGAUUUGUGUUUGAUGAGUCCUUUUCAAAUGACGUUAACAGAGGAAAUUAUGGUCUGUUCGAGAGUUUUAGAGGGGGGAAUAUUCUUUUCCUUGAAAAGCUUAGAGGGGGAACAUUCUUUUCCUUGAAAAGCUUUUGUCAACAUUGGUUUGAAUAUCCUUUAUCAUUAGAAAAUGCACAAGGAAUCUGCUAAAUGCAGAUGGGAUUUUUUGUAGCAUUAUAGGAAGUGUAGAGACUAGCAUAUUCUGAAUUUAGAGACUAUUUCAUGUGUAGCAUUGUCAUGUAAAGUAAAUGAUAUUUUUAAUGUAUAGAGUUGAGUUUUAUGUACGAAUAAUGGCCUAGUGGCUGUGAAUGUGUUACAUGGAUGUGUGAAUGUGUAUGCUAGACUAGGAACAUUUAAUUGUCACUUGUAUAUAUAUUUAUAAAUUAAAGAUUUUUUUCUUGUAUGAACAUAAAUGAAGAGUUAACUCCCUUGAAGUGCAAAAGGAGUAGUUUGUAAUGUUUUUUUAAUAUUCAUUCUGUUGUGGGCGUAGCCUUCAUGUUACAUGGAUAGGAAGUUUAUGUUGAAAUUUUGUGUAUUUCUGACAGAAUCAACAGCAUUUAUCAGUUCUGGUAUAUCUAAUGUUGUCAAUGUUUAGAUCUGCUGUAAUGCCCCGUUUCUUUUUCUUCAUCUUGUAGCUAAUAUUGUGCUUGGUAAUCACUCUUAAUUCAUGGAAGAAAUUUCAAAAAUCUUAUGUUCCAGGUCAAAUUCUUUCACAGUCUUAAGUUGAAUCAUUUCAGAUUUUCAUAUUUUCAAAAAGUCAUUAUUUCCUGUGUCCAAGAAAAUGAUCUAAUGACUUUGCUUUCUUGAGUUUCUGUCAAGCGAGUGUGAAAGAAAUACUUGUAUGUUUGGACAUAGAAUCUCUGAAGUUGUUAAAUGCGAGAAAUCAACAACUGGGAUGACCUCAUCACUCCGUGAAGUGCUUUAUGUUUGUCUGUGAUACAUUCCACAAAAUCAUCCUUUUAUCUGUGAAUUACUAUCACUCCAACAACCGUGACUCUGGAGGGAAAAAUGAUUUCCAUUGCUAAUGAGUGGUCAUUCGAAGUUUGUAGAGUCAAAGAUCAUUAGAUGUGGAAAGAUGUGUUCACAUCACUUUUUGUUUUCUAGAUGUUUUCUUACAAAAUCAACAGUUUUGUUCAUUUCUGAGGGGAAUUAGAUGUUUUAAAAAAUCAACAUUUUUGUUCAUUUCGGGAGGGGAAUUUGAUGUUUUACAAAAUCAACAUUUUUGUUCAUUUCUGAGGGGAAUUUGAUGUUUUAAAAAAUCAACAUUUUUGUUCAUUUCGGGAGGGGAAUUUGAUGUUUUACGAAAUCAACAUUUUUGUUCAUGUUGGGAGGGGAAUUUGAUGAAAGCCAUACAUAAACGUAUGUAAAAAUAAUGGGGUUUUUUUGUAUACAGUAACAUCUUGGAAAUAAAAUGGAAUUUUCUUUAUUCUAAAUUUUUGAGGAAAAGCAUAAUGUUGUAUUGAUUGAUGUGACAUUACGUCAUCACAUUUAGUCUUUAUCAAGAGAAAGUUAAGACAUUUUUUUAGUGUCUAUGUGAAAACUAUUAUGAAACCUACAUAAAUCAGUUACUCAGGUCAUUCUGCACCAUCCACAAAUCCAGGUGUGACAAGAGAUAUAUGUAUAGAGUUCUGCGUCGUAUCACAAAGAAAUACAAUUUAAGUCCAAUUCAAUUUUGUACUGUCAUGUUAUAAUGAGAUGAGACUUUGUUACAAAGUGAAAGUAAAGCUGAAUGAAAUUGU